CCUGGGUAUCACAUAAAUACUGCCUUCAGGACACCAGAGAAGACAGACAGAGCAGGAGAAGAGGAAACAACAACAUUGCUUGUACUUCAUCGCCUUCAAAGACUGGUCUUAUAGUUUCACAUUUUUACUUUGAUCUGUGACUUGAAACGCUAAUCAUGAGACUUGGAGUCUUGACGUUUCUGGUUCUGGGGACCUGUUCUUUAAGAGCCUGGUGUGUGCCGCUCAAAUCCGUGUAUGUGACGUUCCCUGCAGAUGUGAUCAAGAACAUGACAGACACACAGCUGGCAGAUGAGUACCUGAAGCGUUAUGGCUACAUAGAUGUUCUCCAGAAGAGCGGACUGCAGGCAGUCGUGUCCACUUCUAAAGCACUGCAGAAGCUCCAGAAGCAGCUCGGGCUGGAGGAGACGGGCUCUCUUGACCAGCCCACGAUUGAUGCCAUGAAGCAGCCUCGCUGUGGGGUCCCAGACAUCCGCAGCUAUCAGACUUUCGCAGGAGACCUGAAGUGGGAUCACAAAGACGUUACAUACAGGAUUUUGAACUACUCACCCGACAUGGAAGCCUCUUUGACCGAUGAUGCCUUUGCCAGAGCUUUCAAAGUCUGGAGUGACGUUACCCCUCUGACGUUCACGCGCCUCUAUGACGGCACUGCUGACAUCAUGAUCUCCUUUGGCAAAGCUGAUCACGGCGAUCCCUACCCCUUUGACGGGAAAGAUGGGCUGCUGGCUCAUGCCUACCCUCCAGGUGAGGGAAUGCAGGGAGUAAGAUACAGUCUGUUUCUGGUGGCUGCUCAUGAGUUUGGACAUGCACUUGGUUUGGACCACUCCAACAUCAAAGACGCACUGAUGUAUCCCAUGUACAAAUAUGUAGAGGAUUUCUCUCUGCAUCGUGAUGAUAUUGAGGGCAUUCAGUAUCUCUAUGGACCUAAAACUGGCCCUGAUCCCACUCCUCCAGAACCACAGUUCACCACUUCCUCUCCGAUUUUGCCAACUAAAUCCACCCCGAGUGAGAAAACAACCACUGUUUCUACCACAGUACAUGUCGACCCUUCACAGGAUGCUUGCCAAAUCAAGGAAUUUGAUGCCAUCACUGAAAUCCAGAAAGAGCUUCAUUUCUUCAAAGAUGGGCACUACUGGAAGAUCUCAAACAAAGGAGAACGCAAAGGUCCUUUCUUGAUAUCUGAGAAGUGGCCUGCCCUGCCAGCCGUCAUUAACACAGCCUUUGAGGACCAGCUCACGACAAAGAUCUACUUCUUUGCAGAAAAACAGUUCUGGGUUUAUACUGGAAAUGAGGUGUUUGGACCACGUAAAAUCGAGAAGCUCAGCCUGCCAAGCAACUUGGACAGAGUGGAUGGAGCUGUGCAGAGAGGAAAAGGCAAGGUGCUCCUGUUUAAUGGGGAGAACUUCUGGAGACUUGACGUAAAGGCUCAGAUGAUAGACAGAGGAUACCCACGAUUCACUGACUCCGUUUUUGGUGGCGUGCCCAUUGAUUCACAUGAUGUGUUCCUCUACAAGGGAUUCUUUUACUUCUGCCGGGAGAAUUUCUACUGGAGAAUGAAUGCCAGAAGGCAGGUUGACCGAGUGGGUUAUGUGAAGUACGACCUCCUAAAAUGCUAAGAUGUGCAGUCGCUGUGCACAGUGAAAACAUCCAACAUCCUAACCUGAUGACAGAGCCCUUUUUAAUAGGGAAACCAUUUCUCUUCAGUGUAAAAUGUAGUGAGGAAGACAGCCAGAAUGUAUUAAAUUUAAAGUCUCUGUUAUGGGGACUUUGACUUUAACUGUUAUAGGAAAAGAACUGUUUUAACACUGAAAUGAUCUUAGGCACAUGAAACGGGAUGUUAGGCACAUUUGUCUGUCAGCUUUAACGUGGUCUUAUAAUUUAUUUCAGCUUACUAUAUAACUGCUUUGUCCAUGAUGAGUUUCUUAACAGCACAUUAAGAGAAACUAUUAUCUUGUUCUAUCAAACUACAAUGAGGCACUGCCAGUCUAAUUCUAGGAAUUAACUUUGUUUGUAAAUUGUAUGAGUGGAGUCAUUGUAGCCUAAAUGCAUUUGUUGUCAACAAAGCAUCCAUUCUCUGUGUAUUGACCCCACUCACAUGUUUUUCUAAGCAAAGGUUUAUUUUUAGCCUUAGAGCUAAUAUUGAGAUGUUAUUUAGCCCAGAUUUUGGCAUAUUGUGAAAUCAUUUGCCUGGUGUAAAUGAUAAUAUUAAUAUUAUUAAUUUAAUUUUCCACA